CUCGUAAUUGCAUCAUUUUUUUCAUUUUUUGAACAAAAAUGGAAUUCCCAAAACCUCCUCCAUUUCCCUCAAACCCUCUCUUAUCCCUCUCCACCUUCAUCCACCGUCUCGGCGCCGAGUUCGCUACCCGCCUUCACCACACCCACCGUCUAGCCGCUACCUUCGCCUUCGGUUUUUACCCGCUGGAGACUUUCCGGCAUCGUCCGCUCUUCGCUUCGAUCUCUCAGCCGAAUGCUGCGGUAGCGGCAGUUGCCACCUUGAGUCCCGAGCAGGUUGCCAAAACUCUAGUCGGUACCGCGGUGUACACAGUGAGCAACUCCAACAAUGAGUUCGUGCUUAUCUCUGAUCCCAAUGGAGCCAAGUCUAUUAGCUUGCUUUGCUUUCGCCAAGAAGACGCCGAGGCGUUUCUCGCUCAGGUUCGAUUACGGAGAAGCGAACUGAGAAGUAAUGCCAAAGUAGUGCCGAUUACACUUGAUCAGGUAUAUUCACUGAAGGUUGAAGGAAUUGCAUUUCGUUUUCUACCGGAUCCAAUUCAAAUAAAGAAUGCAUUAGAGCUGAAAGCUGGUGAUAUCAAAAGUGGGUUUGAUGGAGUUCCUGUUUUCCAGUCUGACCUUCUUGUUGUGAGGAAGAAAAACAAACGGUUCUGCCCAAUAUAUUUCAAUAAGGAAGAUAUUGAAAGGGAACUUUCAAAGGUUUCAAGGGCAUCAAGAGGACCCGGUGUUUCUCAACGUAUCAUGGUUGGAAGCUUGGAAGAUGUUCUAAAGAAAAUGGAGAUGAGUGAGAAAAACUCAGGCUGGGAGGAUCUAAUAUUCAUUCCACCUGGUAAAAGCUAUUCUCAACACAUCCGAGAUGUGGUGAAAGUAUGAGGCAGUAUGCAUGUUGCUUCCGCAUGUCCAUUUGAUGGCAUAAAAAAUGCAAUUACAUCAACUCAAAGAUCUUGAAUUCAAACUCGGGAUGGGAGAGAUCGGAUUUAUGUGAUAAGAGUGAGCUACCUCUUUUUGUUUAGUCCAAGAUCCAAUGGGUUCUCCAUAUGUUACCAAAAAAUGAAAUAGGUAAGGAAAACCUAGGAGUUGGUCAUUGAUAUGCAUCUAUACUUUGAAUGAGGAAAUUGUUAAAAAGCAUUAAUAUGUGGAAACGAUUUUGGUUAACUACUAGUUGGAAUUGACAAUUGUCUCUGGACAUUUACUUAUAAUAGUUGGAUGUCUUCAUCAUCAAGGAAGAGCUUUAGGAAAAGGCAACAGAUAAUUUAUUUGCACAUUAUUUGCCAUAAGUUACUCUUAAUUCCCCCAUAAAUCCACUAGAAGUACCCAUAUAUGAUGCAAAGCGACCAAGACCCUACUCUUUCUAAUUCUUUUUCAUGCAUUCUCCCCUUUUUCUCCCUUUUGAUUUGCUGAUCUCAAGUACUCAUGCUUAAGGUUCUUUAACCGCUUUUGCUUGACCUCGGAAAGAUGAGGCAAUCGGACAUACGCCUAAUAUAUCAAGAAUUAGUUAAUAAUUUAUUCACCAAAUAUAUAGGAUGGGAUAUCAAGCAUCUAGAAAUUGAUUUAGUGAUUAAUGUAUGA